AUGUUGUGGACUUUGAUUCUGAAAGAUAUUCGAAUAAUGUACCGUAGUAAAGUGUAUAGUAUUUUCGAAAUCCUCAUUGUUAUGCUACUUUUCGGUGGCUUGGGAUAUCUGACGAAAUAUGUCAAAGAAAUCCAAACCGAUCUUCAACAGAAAGAAGGAGAAGAUGUCGAUAUGAACUUCAAAUUGAGAACACCAUACGGUCUUCAUGUUUGCACCGAUUUAAUCGAUAAUAAACAUUGUGAUGGUUAUGGUGUGGUUUUUGAGGAUUCUUGGAUAACUGAGGCGAAUUUGAGUAGAAUUAUCAGUGAGGGCAAUAAUCGAACAGAAUUGUUUAUAAAUGAGGAAGAUGAGAAGAGGAUGGAGAAAAAAUUGUGGGUUUGGUUUCUUUUCCGCUUCUGGAGGAUGCGGAAGGUUUCCGCUUACCACAAUCGAUUUUUUCCAGAUACAUUGGAAUCUCAUCAGAUGUUGCUAACAGUAGCAUUAUUGAUUGGAGCGUUGAGAAGAAUGAUAAAGUUCGAUUUGAUGUCACUUUAUCACUCAAACACAAUUCUUACACUGAAAUUCCGUGGACUGGUUUUUCACUUAUGGGAAUCAAGAGCAAGUUAGUUGUAGACAGAAAAGUUAUCCUAAAUUAGAGAUUUAGGGUUAUUUUUAAGAUUUUUGGAAUAAAAAUCCAAAAAAUUGUAGAAUUUUUGAUGCAUUGCUCAAGUUAAGCCUGAAAAUUCAACUUUAUUUUAAAAAUAUUUUGAAAAUUACAUUGCUCAUGUUAGUUCAGAAAAUCCUGGCUUUCAAAAAAUACUUAGAAGCAUUGCUCAUUUCAGAGCCAAAAUUUAGGGUUUUUUGCCCAAAAAAUCAUACAGCAUUGCUCAUGUUAAGCCUGAAAAUUCAAAAAAAAUUCUGAGAAUAACAUUGCUCAUGUUAGUUCAGAAAAUCCUGGAUUUCAAAAAAAUAUUUACAAGAAAGCAUUGCUCAUUUUAGAGCCGAAAAUUAGGGUUUUUUGCCCAAAAAAAUCUUACAACAUUGCUCAUGUUAAGCCUAAAAAUUCAAAAAAUUUCUGAAAAUAACAUUGCUCAUGUUAGUUCAGGAGCCAAAAAUUAGGAUUUUUGGCCAAACAAUGAUUAUUUUCAUAUCUUACGACAUUGCUCAUGUUAAAUCCAGAAAUUCAAAAACUUUUUGAAAAUAACAUUGCUCAUGUUAGUUCAGGAGCCAAAAUUUAGGGUUUUUUGGCCAAAAAAUCUCUCAGCAUUGCUCAUUUUAGCCCCAAAAUUUAGGGUUUUUUGGCCGAAAAAUGAUUCUUCUCGAAUUUUACAACAUUGCUCAUGUUAAGUCUAAAAAUUCCUGAAAAUAACAUUGCUCAUCUUAGUUCAGGAGCCAAAAAUUAGGUUUUUUAUGCCCAAAAAAUCUUACAGCAUUGCUCAUGUUAAACUUCUCAACAUUGUUUUUUUCCCAAAAAAUUUUAAAAAUUUGAAUUUCAGCCUGCACCAAGAGGCAAAAAUGGCGGGCUCAAUCAAAAUGACAUCACCAUCUUCAUUCUCAAACGAAUCCGACUCCACCCGCAUCUACAAACUCACCCAUGAACUUCACAAAACCCGAAUCGGAGAAUCCGUUCUCCAAUGUGUUCAGGUUUUCAUCAUCCUCGUUGUCAUUAAUAUCACAAGAACUAUUGUUCAGGAAAAAGCCACGUUUAGGGUGAAUUUAGCGGAACUUCAUAAUUUGGAUGAAGCUCAAAUUCUCUAAUUUCAGACCUAUUUGGUUUCAAUGGGCUUGCCAAUUCACACUUAUUAUUUGGCUCAUUUUUUGUUCAAUUUGGUCAAGUGUUUAGUGAUUUUUACGCCUGGAUUAGUUUGUUAUGCGAUUGCUUGUAGAGUGAGUUUUAUCAAUAGCAAACUACAGUCUAGUCUAUCUUAUUUUUUCCAGAGCAAAUACACGGCCUUCUACCUCUGCUUCACAAUUCUCCUCUUCCUUCUCCCUACAAUCUCCUUCGCAUUUAUGGUUGCAAGUUGGUUCAAAACCCAAAAAUCGGCCAUCAUUUUUUGCCUGGUUUUUUGGUGUUUUCUGAUUUUUGCACCAUCUCAUAUGUUUGAUGAUUUUGAUAAGCUGAAUUCUUACGCCUAUGUUUUGCCAACAACUUUGAUUUUUACUUUUAAUAUGUUUUAUAUUGGAAGAACUUUGGAGGUUAUGGAACAAUUGGGUAAGGAUUUCAUGGGUCCCGAAAGCUUGCUGCCACGUGGUUAACCACGUCAUAGUAGUCCCCGUGGCCGCUUACGCGGAAGCUUGCGGUCUACAAAACAUAGGCUUCUAGACGCGGCCGCUGCGCGGAAGAUAGUGCCGCUUACGCGGAAGCUUGCGGUCGCUCCGCUCGAAGCCCCAACCGUUUCCAGAUCCCGAAAGCUUCCGCGAAUGCUGCCACGUGGUUCACCACGUCAUAGUAGUCUCCGUGACCGCUUACGCGGAAGCUUGCGGUCGCUCCGCUCGAAGCCCCAACCGUUUCCAGAUCCCGAAAGCUUCCGCGAAUGCUGCCACGUGGUUAACCACGUCAUAGUAGUCUCCGUGGCCGCUUACGCGGAAGCUUGCGGUCUACAAAACAUAGGCUUCUAGACGCGGCCGCUAACGCGGAAGAUAGUGCCGCUUACGCGGAAGCUUGCGGUCUACACUCGCUUCGCUCGAAGCCCCAACCGUUUCCAGAUCAAUUCUCACCCUGGUCAGCUUCUGACCGUGCUCUUCCACUCUACGCUUUCUGGAUUCUCCUGAUUUUCAACACUAUUAUCAUGUUCGCUUUGGCAAUUAUGACUGAUAGAUUUGUUGGAAGUUGGACCCCCUGGGGAUGGUGGAAAAAGGUUGGCACCCUUCCAAUUCCCUCUGUAAUUCUCAGUUUUUAUAGCGCCGCACACUUGCUCGUCGUCUUGCGGAAGAGGAAUUGACAAAUUCACCAGCCGCAGAUUCGCACGUGUUAGUUGAACAAGACACAAGUGUUCGUCGAAAACUCGAAUCAGAUAUUGAUAUUUGUGAUGUUGUGAAAAUCUAUGAAGAGACUGGUGAAAUGGCUGUAAAAGGAUUGAAAAUGAGAGCAAUUCGUGGACAAGUUGCUGUAUUAUUAGGGCAUAAUGGAUGUGGAAAGAGUACGACAUUUUCAAUGAUUUCUGGAAUGAUUAAACCGACUCAGGGUGGGUUUUUUUUGUGAUUUUUGGCUGAAGAUAUUAUGAAAAAUGUGGCAGCGCUCGUAAAUAGAAAAAUAGCGCCGAUGAAAAAAAUAAUUCAAAGCGCUGCGUGAGAGCGUUGCGGUUUUGAUGACAAAUCAAAAGAACGAAAACGCAAGUGUUUUUAGUUUGAUCAAGAAAUAUUGAGUCGUUAUGAGAGAUUUAGACAGAUGGAAGAGUAGAUCAAAAAUUUUCAAUUCCAUGAAAAUUCAAAAUAUUUUGGUUUUUCAACCGCAACGCUCUCACGCAGCGCUUUCAACGCUCUAGAAACAUUUUUUCAUCGGCGCUAAUUUUCUAUUUACGAUAAAAUUGGAACGAAAAUGUUUUAAAUAAUUUUUUUCCAAUAUUUUCUGGCCCAAAGUUUGAGUUUGUGAUUUCAACUUUGUAAUCUCAAGCCUGUGAUGAAUAAUUUUUUCAGAAAUUCAAAAUUUUAUUACCAGAAACCUCCUUGAAUUUUCCAGGUACAAUCCAAGUUGCUGGUCUCGAUGUUGUUUCGAAUUUGACCGAAGCUCGUCAGAAAAUUGGAUUAUGUCCACAAUAUAAUCCAUUGAUUGAUAAGCUAACUGUUUGGGAACAUUUGAAAAUUGUUCAUAAAUUGAAAAAGGCUCAAAGUGAUUUUGAAACUGAAGCGAUUGAAUUAUUGGAAGCUAUUGAAUUGUUGGAUGCGAAGAAUAAGGUUGGAAUUUAUUUUUUUUUCUGAUUUUUUGGGUAGCAAAAUUACGAAUCAUUUUUUUCUAGCUAUCCAAAAAUCUGUCUGGUGGAAUGAAGCGAAAAUUGUGUAUGUUAAUGGGUUUGAUUGGUGAAAGUAGUGUAGUUCUUUUGGAUGAACCAACAGCUGGAAUGGAUUCAACAGCUCGUGUUGAUGUACAAACAAUGCUUCGAAAAUGUAAACAUAAUCGAACAAUACUUUUAACAACUCAUAAUAUGGAUGAAGCUGAUAAAUUAGCUGAUUGGGUAUAUGUUAUGUCUGAUGGUAAAAUACAAGCAUCUGGAAGUUCACAAUUUUUGAAAUCGAAAUUUGGUGGAGGAUGGUUGGUUACUGUAGUUGUUGAGGAACCGGAGAAGUAUAAGAAUGUGCUGUUGGAAUUGUGCCAGAAAUUUGAAGCGGCGUCGAAAAUUGUGAGCUUGAAAUUUAAAAAUCCUAUUUCAAAAAUCCAAAUUCCAGAAAGAUGUUCGUGGACAAAUGAUCGAAUUUUCGAUUCCAUCCGAAGACAAAUCAAAAGUAAUCCAACUUCUUCAAUGCUUUGAAAAUAUCUCCGAGAAAAAGUUUGAUUCCGAAAUUCCCAAAGGUUUUUCCUCAAAAGUUCGUCGCAUUAAAAUAUCGUCAAUCGGAGUGUCGUUGAAUUCACUUGAACAAGUCUUCAUAAAUGUGAUUGAACAAUGUGAAAAGAAUGCGAAAAAGGAGAGAAAUGAAGAUGAGAAGCGAGAAACUUUGCGAAGAGUUAUUGAAACUAAAACAGAGGAUAAGAUAAAGUUUGGGAUACUCAGUCAAUUUAUUGGGCUAUCGAUGAAAAGGUUGAUCUAUUUGCGGAGAAAUUGGAUCACAAAUGUGUUGAAUUUGGUGAUUCCGAUUGCAUUGAUGUGUUGGUUGCUGAGUGGAAGUUCUGAGGAACAAUUUGGAGAGCGACAUUCUGUGCGAUUGGAUGUUAAUAGUAUUCCAAGAGAAUCUAUUGUGAUUGUUUAUACUGAUUCUAUUGAGGGUUCGAAAUGGAUUACAAACUUCUUCGCGAAGAAUUCUGGAUUAAUAAUUCGAGAAAUUAGUACAAAUCGAAAAUUGAUGGAUAUUUUGAGAGAGGAACAGUUUUUCCGAAGAAUUUCGGUUGUUGUACACGCUGUUAACAAUGGAAAAGAUGUUGAGGAGAUCUAUGUUCAUGAGGAAUUGAGUUUGGCUGAAGCGAUUGGCUCAUAUUUGAAUGUGAAUUUGAACAAAGAACCAGCUGGACAGUUGGAAUAUCAUUUUCAUUGGUUUUUGUAUGGUGACCUGGUGGUGAGGGUUUUUUUCUCACCCAAAUUUCAGCAAAAAGAAUAUUUCAGGGAGCUCUUAGUCUCAGUACACUUUGGUAUUUGAUUCUUUUUGCCGUUUUGGUUACUUACAACAGUUCACAAUGUGGAUUUUUACACGUGGAAGAGCGGGUUUCGAAAUUCAAGCGACAACAAUUUCUGACAGAAAUGUCACCAUUUAUCUACUGGUUUUCCAUGUAUUUUUGGGAAUUUGUCAUUUUCGCUGUGCAAACUUCGGUGCUUCUUUCACUUUUUGCGAUUUAUGGACAUAUUUGGGGUUGGACUAUUGUUAGGUGAGUUUUUUUGGGGCACAAUAUAGAAAAACUGAAUUUUUGUCUAACAUGAGCAACUUUUUUUGAACUCUGAAAUUCAAAAAAAAACCUGGAAAAAUACGUUUCAAAAUUUUCACUUUUUUUUUUGUUUUUUACAAUUUUUUUGCUGGAUUAUUCACUAGAUUAUGAACAUUAGGAAUAUUUGGCUGAAAUCUAGAUUUUUCAAAAAUAACAUGAGCAAUCUCAGAAAUCUGAAGAUUUGCUUUAAAAAUCUGGAAUUAAUAUGAGCAAUACUUUGAAAGUUCUGAAAUUUCAAAGUAUUUUUGACUAAAAAUCAUGAUUUUCAGCCCAAAAAAUCCCAUUUUUUCAAUCGUGAUUUUAUAAUCUGAAAUUCAAACCCUUGGAAAAAUACGUUUCAAAAUUUGCACAUAUUUUUUAUUUUUUACAAUUUUUUGCUGGAUUCAUGUUAUUUAUUAGACCAUUAGCAUGAGCAAUAUUUGGCUGAAAUCUAGAUUUUUCGAAGCUAACAUGAGCAAUUAUUAAAAUUCUCAGAAAUCUGAAGGUUUGCUUUCAAAAAAAAUUAAAAAUUGGGAUUUUUCACAUAAAAUCAUGAUUUUCAGCCCAAUUUAAACCAAAAUUUCAAAAAAUUCCAGACUUUUGCUCGUUUGUUUGCUCGCCUGGACUGCAAUUGCUCCAAUAAUCUUCAUUUUCUCAUUCGUCGUCGAUUCAACCACAAAAAUCACAAUUUUCGUCCUGGUUUUCAUUUUUCUUCUACCAGCUAUGAAGUUUAUUCUGGAUUUGUUGUUGAAUAUCAGUGUCAAGGUCAGGUUUUUCCAUUCUUCGUAAUUAAUCUGAGCAAUUUUUUUGCAGUGGCUACCAAAAUGUCGUUAUCUUUUCCCGUUCCAACCAUUUGUCACACUGCUGUUUUGGAUUUUUUAUUUGGGAGAUCCGAAAAAUUUGCCGCAUGUUGCGAUUAUCACAAAAUUUUUGUUGUUUACUGGCAAAAUGGAUUCUGAUGUUCUAAGUGAGUUUGAGGAUCUGAAUUUCAAAUUUUUCCCGAAAAAUUCAUUUUUUUUUCAGAAUCUGAUUGUAUUAACCUUGCACUAUCUUCUGUGAUUUUCAAUUCGCUGCUCUUUAUUUUCUCGUCAAGACUCAUUCGACAAUUGGCCAAUGAUGUUUUACAUUUUGGUCAUAAAUCUAGACCGCCUUGUGAAUUGGUUGGUUUUUUCUAUUCAAAAAAACUACCAAAAUUCCCCCAAAACUCAAAUUUCUUUAGACAAUGGAACCUUGUCCGGUUGUUCAACAGGAGAAAGAGGAUAUUCAAAACAAAAUAGUCAACCCGGAUAAUUCUACAGUAAUCAUGGCAAAUUUGGUCAAAAGAUUUGGAAGUUAUCAAGCGGUGAAUGGCUUGUUUUUGGGUGUUCGAAAUGGUGAAUGUUUUGGAUUAUUGGGUGUGAAUGGAGCUGGAAAAACGACUACGAUUGAGAUUUUGACGAGGGAAAAGCUAGCGUGUUCUGGAGAGGCGAUGAUUGAUGGGAGGAAUGUGCGGAAUUCUGUGGUGAGCAAAUUUUCGCUACAGUAUCUCCGAGCUGGACAUGUUUAUAUAUACAAAAAAUCAGAAUUCUAAAGCUCUAGAUCAGGCCUGUACCGGAAAUUUUCCGGAUUUUCCGGUUUUUUCAAGGAAAAAUCAAUUUUCCGGAAAAUGUGCUCGGAAAAUCCGGAAAAUGAUCGUUAGUAAUAAUAUUUUAAAAAUUACUUAAAUUUUGGGAAAUUUUCUCAGUUUAUGAUAGAAAAAAUGAAAAUUUUGGAAUUUUUUUUUCAAUAUUUCAAAUUAAAUUACCUGUGAAUAGAAGAAUUGUGGAUAGAAAUUUUAGAGCCAACUUAAGGCUGAACAUCGAAAUUUCAGGCUUUGAAAAAUUUUCCGGAUUUUCCGGUUCAAAAAAUCCGGAAAUUUUCCGACUACUCUAGAUUUUUCUAUCCCAAAAAACCCAAAUAUUUGAUCUACAAAAUCCUGAAUUUGAAAUCUACAGUAAUUUUGCGCAAAACGGGCAUUGCUCAUGUUUUGAGCUUUGAGAAAAUCGGAUCUCGCCUGAAAAUCCCCAUUUUUAUUUCAGAAACUUGGAUUCUGCCCGCAAUUCGACGCUGUUCUCCCCGAUUUAACUGGCCGUGAAGUUCUCGAGAUUUUGGCUCACCUUCAGAAUUACAAACAUCCAUCAUCGAUGGUUGAAGAUCUUAUAGAUUGUGUUGGAAUGCGAGGAAACACGGGAAAACGCAUGAAGUUUUGUAGCGGUGGACAAAAACGAAAGAUUUCGAUGGCUUGUGCGAUUUUGUCACGUGGAAAAUUGUGUAUUUUGGAUGAACCGACAGCUGGAGUUGAUCCGAAAGCUAGGAGAGAUUUAUGGGAUAUUGUUGGAGGGAUUAGAGAUGGAAAUUGUGGAGGGGGAGGAAUUAGUGGAAGUGCUGAAACUACUGGAACUGCCACUGGAACUACAGCUACAUCUGGAACUAGAUCUAAAACUAGGACCAAAUCAGUUAGUAAAGAAGGAUCUGAACAAUACUCUAGUUUCUUGCUAACAUCCCACUCAAUGGAAGAAUGUGAAGCAUUGUGUACUAGAAUUGGAAUAUUACGAAAAGGUGAUAUGAUUGCAUUGGGAAGUUGUCAAGAACUCAAAUCAACCUAUGGAAAUACAUUCACUCUUACAAUUUGUUUGAAGUUAUCCGAAGUUUCGCAAAAUGAGAAGAAGAAGGAGAUUGUGAGAGAAGUGAAGGAGAAAUUUGCGGCGAAUUUGUUGACUGAUGAAAAUGAUGAGGUGGCGACGGAUUUGGUUUUUGAGGUGGGGGUUUUUUUUGGAAAUGGGGAAUUGAAAUUUGUUCUGAAUUUUAAAAUGAAAAAUUCAAAAAUUUAAAAAUUGUCGGAAAUACCAAACUGGAAUUUCUUCCAGAAGAUCUAGGCAAUCUCAGUUUCCGGAACAAAUAUUUCAAUAAGAUUUGGAUUUUUUAUCAAAAUAAUUUUUUUUUGGUCAAAACAUAUUUAUAGCAGCUCUUAGGCAGAGAUAAUCAUGAUAUUGUCGAAGUUAAAAAAAAUGUGGCAGCCGUAAAAAAUAAAAAUCAGUGCAGAGCUGAAUGAAUGAAAACAACUGGACUUCGUCAGUCGCGUGCGGCUGUGCGUCGCGGUCGAAAAUCAAAGGAAACAUCGAAUUAUUGAUUGUUUCCCGACCGCGACGCACAGCCGCACGCGACUGACGAAAUAACGAGUUUGUCAACUCUGCACUGGUUUUUAUUUUUCACGGCUGCCACAUUUUUUUAACUUCGACAAUAAGAAUUCAAAAAAAAAAGUUCCAAAAAGAAAAUUGGCCUUCCAAGUAUCAAUUCCAACCAGCCCAUCUCUGGGAACCCUCAAAAAAUCUCCUAAUUUCCAGAUUCCUCGCUCAAAAUCUGAUAAAUGGUCCACAAAAAUGGCAGAAGUCAAAGAAUUGGCUGAUGAAAUGGAAAUAAAAGAUUAUUACUUGGUUCAAUCAUCACUCGAAGAUGUUUUUAUUAAAAUGAACUCGCAAAGUAUUGAAAAAAGGGAUCCAGAGAAUAUUGUAUGA